CGGCAAAUGACGACAUCAACGACGCAGUGGCAAGACUGGCAGGUGAAAUGCGGCUUGGAUACCCUUUUCACCCAUUAGAAAACCCCUUGGACAGCAGACGAACGAUGAUGAACAACGACAAGCACAUGACUUGCAAACAGAUCGAUAUAUGAUAUAACCUUGUCUGCUUCUUCUUUUUUUUUUUCCCACACACAUACGAUCUUUUUUUCUUUUGCUUUUUUAUUACCAUGAUUGUCAUUAUUAGAUACUAUAUUGUAUGGGAGCACCUAGCCCGCUGUUGCUGAAGGAUGAUGGACCACGUCUUGAUUUAUUGGGCUAUUUGAUUGAUGAAGGAUGUUACUGGAAUGAAACCCAAGAAAAUUACGUUGCAUUACAUGUAUACAUAAGGCACGACGUUCGGACAAACCACAUACGUAGGCUAUUUUCUUCUUCUUUGGUGGCAGUUGAUGUUGGGAGUGGACUUUUUACUUAACCCAGUUUUUUUUUUCCGUUGGAUUAGGUAGUUUAUUUUAAUUUGAUACACUUUAUAUAUAUAUCAUAUACUUAAAUACUGU